AGAUCUCCCGGGCAUGCUCAUUAACAGCGAGGGAGCCGAAACGGGGAAAAAAAAGGAGGAAGGAAAAAAAAAAAAAAACCCACCCUGCGAGCGAGCGGCGCCGCUGCCGCCACAGCCGGCGGAGAGGCGCGGCGGCGCUGUGCUGAGCCGGCCCCGCGUCCCCUCGCGCCCGGGCUCCUGGCAGCGUGACGCGGCGCCGCCAGCUGCGAGUCGAGCCGCUGCGGCGGGCGGAGGGGCUGCGGGGGAGCCGCGGACGGCGGCGGCAAUGUGGAUUUACCUUCGCCCGCGCCGCAGCCGCCGCGGAGCGGGGCGCCGCACCUAGAGGCGAUGGGCGAAGCCGCCGGCGGGGCUGAGCCGCGGCGCCGCUGAAAGUUCGGCCGGUGGCCGCGCUCGUGCCCGUUUCGGCUGCUGACUGCGAAGCGCCGCGCGCGGCAGUUUGGCGUCGGAGGCACGGCGUUGCGGGGGCUGUGGCGGGGACGCUGCGCGCAUCGUAAAUAGCCAGAAGCGCCGCGGCAGGGAGAGCUGCCCGGCAGCAGGACUGUUUCCUUAAGGAAUUCCAGCUGCUUGUUUUCAUGCCUCUAAGCCUAUUUAAUCAGAGAUGGAGCAGAUGGACUGCAAACCCUACCAGCCACUGUCUAAAGUUAAACAUGAAGUGGAUCUAACUUACACGAGUUCUUCAGAUGAAAGUGAGGAUGGGAGAAAGCAGCGGCAAUCUUACGACUCAAGAGAAACUCUGAAUGAGUAUAGCCAAGAGCUCAGACUGAAUUAUAACAGUCAUAGCAGAAAAAGAAAACCCGUUGACCAAUCCGCUCAAGACAUGGAGUUCUGCGAGCCUCCCCACAUCCUGUGCUCGGGCUACCAGGCCGACGGGCGCGGGGCGGCCGAGCACAGCUACCCGCUGGAGGUGGGCUCCGACGGGGACACGGAGACGGAGGGCGGCGCCUCGCCGGACCAUGCCCUGCGCCUCUGGAUGAGGGGGAUGAAAUCGGAGCACAGCUCCUGCUUGUCGAGCCGGGCAAACUCCGCCUUGUCCCUGACCGACACUGACCACGAGAGGAAGUCUGAUGGGGAGAAUGACAUGCCGGGUAGCCCCCACAACCAGUUCACGUUCAGGCCGCUGCCGCCGCCCCCGCCACCGCCGCACGCCUGCACCUGCAGCCGGAAGCCGCCGCCGCCGGGCGACUCUCUGCAGCGGAGGUCGAUGACGACGCGCAGCCAGCCCAGCCCCGCGGCCCCCACGCCCCCCGCCAGCGCCCAGGAGUCCGUGCAUCUCCACAACAGCUGGGUCCUGAACAGCAACAUACCGCUGGAAACCAGGCAUUUCCUAUUUAAACACGGAUCUGGGUCUUCAGCUAUCUUCAGUGCAGCCAGUCAGAACUAUCCUUUAACAUCCAAUACUGUUUACUCUCCACCUCCUAGGCCUCUUCCUAGAAGCACCUUUUCUAGACCUGCCUUCACUUUUAACAAACCUUACAGGUGUUGCAACUGGAAGUGCACUGCUUUGAGUGCUACUGCUAUUACAGUUACACUGGCGUUGUUGCUAGCCUAUGUUAUCGCAGUACACUUGUUUGGUUUAACCUGGCAACUACAGCCUGUUGAAGGGCAGCUAUAUGAAAAUGGAGUUAGCAAAGGAAACAGAGGAACAGAAUCCACGGAUACUACUUACUCGCCGAUUGGAGGAAAAGUUUCUGAUAAAACAGAAAAAAAAGUGUUUCAGAAGGGACGGGCCAUAGACACAGGAGAAGUUGAGAUUGGAGCCCAAGUCAUGCAGACCAUCCCACCCGGUUUAUUCUGGCGCUUUCAGAUUACUAUACAUCACCCCAUGUACCUGAAAUUUAACAUUUCCCUGGCGAAGGAUUCUCUGCUGGGAAUUUAUGGCAGAAGAAACAUUCCACCUACUCAUACUCAGUUUGAUUUUGUAAAACUGAUGGAUGGAAAACAGUUAAUUAAACAAGAACCAAGAAACUCAGAGGAGCCUCAGCAAGCUCCCAGGAAUCUGAUCUUAACUUCACUGCAAGAAACAGGUUUCAUUGAAUAUAUGGAUCAAGGAGCUUGGCACAUGGCAUUUUACAAUGAUGGAAAGAAAGUGGAGCAAGUGUUUGUACUAACUACAGCGAUUGAAGCCUUGGAUGACUGCUCUACUAAUUGCAAUGGGAAUGGUGAAUGCAUCUCUGGGCACUGCCACUGUUUCCCAGGGUUCCUUGGUCCUGAUUGUGCAAAAGAUUCAUGCCCAGUGCUAUGCAGUGGAAACGGAGAAUAUGAGAAAGGUCACUGCGUAUGUCGAAAUGGGUGGAAGGGACCAGAAUGUGACGUUCCAGAAGAACAGUGCAUUGAUCCAACGUGCUUUGGCCACGGCACUUGUAUCAUGGGAGUCUGCAUCUGUGUCCCUGGAUACAAAGGAGAGAUUUGUGAGGAAGAGGACUGCCUGGAUCCGAUGUGUUCUGGCCAUGGCGUGUGCGUCCAAGGGGAAUGCCACUGCUCCGCCGGCUGGGGCGGCGUCAACUGCGAGACGUCUCUCCCUGUGUGCCAGGAGCAGUGCUCGGGUCACGGCACGUUUCUCCUGGAUACAGGACUCUGCAGCUGUGAGCCACAGUGGACGGGUUCAGACUGUUCAACAGAGCUCUGUACCCUGGACUGUGGCAGCCACGGCGUUUGUUCAAGAGGGAUAUGCCAGUGCGAAGAAGGCUGGGUAGGACCAACCUGUGAAGAACGCACCUGCCACUCUCACUGUGCUGAGCAUGGCCAGUGCAAAGAUGGGAAGUGUGAGUGCAGCCCUGGAUGGGAAGGGGACCACUGCACCAUCGCUCACUACUUAGAUGCUGUUCGAGAUGGCUGCCCAGGGCUCUGCUAUGGAAAUGGGAGAUGCACUCUUGAUCAGAACGGAUGGCACUGUGUUUGUCAAGUGGGCUGGAGUGGUGCAGGAUGUAAUGUUGUCAUGGAAAUGGUGUGUGGAGAUAACCUGGACAAUGAUGGAGAUGGCUUGACAGACUGUGUAGACCCUGACUGCUGUCAGCAGAGCAAUUGUUACGCAAGCCCUCUCUGCCAAGGGUCCCCUGAUCCCCUUGACCUUAUUCAACACAGCCAACCGCCUUUCUCGCAGCAUCCUCCAAGGCUCUUCUAUGAUCGAAUCAGAUUCCUCAUUGGGAAGGAAAGCACUCAUGUAAUCCCCGGAGAUGUCUCAUUUGAGAGCAGACGUGCCUGUGUCAUUCGAGGGCAGGUGGUAGCAAUAGAUGGGACACCUUUGGUUGGAGUGAAUGUCAGUUUUCUACACCACAACGAGUAUGGAUAUACCAUCAGUCGACAAGAUGGAAGUUUUGACCUUGUGGCUGUUGGAGGCAUCUCUGUCACUCUAGUUUUUGACAGAUCUCCUUUCAUAUCUGAAAAAAGGACACUUUGGUUACCUUGGAAUAGAUUUAUCAUUGUAGACAAAGUUGUAAUGCAAAGAACAGAGUCAGAAAUACCAUCUUGUGACAUCAGUAGUUUUAUUAGCCCAAAUCCCAUCGUACUCCCUUCACCCUUGACAGCGUUUGGAGGCUCCUGUCCAGAAAGAGGAACCGUUAUUCCAGAGUUACAGGUGGUCCAGGAGGAAAUCCCAAUUCCUUCCAGCUUUGUGAAGCUUAGUUAUCUCAGCAGUCGAACACCGGGGUAUAAAACUUUGCUGCGCAUUAUUCUGACACACACUACCAUCCCUCCUGGAAUGACAAAAGUACAUCUGAUAGUUGCUGUUGAAGGACGUCUGCUCCAGAAAUGGUUUCCUGCUGCAACCAAUUUGGUCUACACGUUUGCCUGGAAUAAGACAGAUAUAUAUGGGCAAAAGGUUUCUGGUCUGGCAGAGGCAACGGUGUCUGUGGGAUAUGAAUAUGAAACGUGUCCCGAUUUUAUUCUGUGGGAGAAAAGAACCGUAAUCCUUCAAGGCUUUGAGAUGGAUGCUUCAAACCUGGGAGGCUGGUCUAUAAACAAACACCACGUGCUGAAUCCACAAAGCGGGAUCGUGCACAAAGGCAAUGGGGAGAACAUGUUCAUCUCCCAGCAGCCGCCGGUCAUCUCGACUGUGAUGGGUAACGGGCACCAGCGAAGCGUCUCCUGCUCCACCUGCAACGGGCUCGCGCUCAACAGCAAACUCUUUGCCCCCGUUGCUCUUGCUUCGGGUCCCGAUGGCAGUGUGUAUAUCGGUGACUUCAAUUUUGUCAGACGGGUCUUCCCCUCGGGGAAUUCUAUUGGCAUCUUAGAGCUAAGGAAUAGAGAUACAAGACACAGUACAAGUCCUGCACAUAAAUAUUACUUGGCUAUUGACCCAGUGUCAGAAUCCCUUUACUUGUCGGAUACAAACACCAGGAAAGUCUACAAAGCAAAAUCUCUCAUUGAAACGAAGGACCUGGCCAAGAACGUGGACGUGGUGGCCGGCACGGGUGAUCAGUGCCUGCCGUUUGACCAGAGUCACUGCGGCGAUGGCGGGAAGGCAUCCGAGGCCUCGCUCAACAGUCCGAGAGGUAUCACUGUAGAUAAGCACGGAUUUAUUUACUUCGUUGAUGGUACCAUGAUUCGGAAAAUUGAUGAGAAUGGUGUGAUCACAACAAUAAUAGGUUCAAAUGGCCUCACAUCAACCCAGCCGUUGAGCUGUGACUCUGGGAUGGACAUCACUCAGGUGCGGUUAGAGUGGCCAACAGACCUCACAGUGAACCCACUAGACAAUUCACUGUAUGUCCUGGACAACAAUAUCGUUCUGCAGAUCUCUGAGAAUAGGCGUGUGCGGAUAAUUGCGGGGCGCCCGAUUCACUGCCAGGUGCCAGGCAUCGAUCACUUCAUCGUCAGCAAGGUGGCCAUCCAUUCAACCCUGGAGUCAGCCAGAGCGAUCGCUGUAUCUCACAGUGGCAUACUGUACAUUGCAGAAACGGAUGAAAGAAAGAUCAACCGUAUUCAACAGGUCACAACCAAUGGCGAGAUCUCUGUAAUUGCUGGAGCCCCGUCAGACUGUGACUGCAAGAUUGAUCCUAAUUGUGACUGUUUCUCAGGUGAUGGUGGAUAUGCCAAAGAUGCAAAGCUGAAAGCACCUUCUUCUCUAGCAGUCUCGCCUGAUGACACACUGUAUGUAGCAGACCUUGGCAACGUCCGCAUCCGUGCAGUCAGCCGAAACAAGGCUCAUCUCAGUGACAUGAAUAUGUAUGAGAUUGCAUCGCCGGCAGACCAGGAGCUCUAUCAGUUCACCAUCAAUGGAACCCACCUCCACACGCUCAACCUCAUAACCAGGGACUAUAUUUACAAUUUCACCUACAGUGGAGAAGGGGAUAUUGGCACGAUCACGAGCAGCAAUGGGAAUUCAGUUCAUAUUCGCAGAGACACGAGCGGGUUGCCCCUGUGGCUGGUGGUUCCCGGAGGCCAGGUGUACUGGCUGACGAUAAGCAGCAAUGGUGUUCUCAAAAGAGUGUAUGCCCAAGGCUACAACCUGGCGCUGAUGACAUAUCCUGGAAACACCGGACUUUUAGCAACCAAAAGUGAUGAGAAUGGAUGGACAACUGUAUAUGAAUAUGACUCUGAUGGCCAUCUGACCAACGCAACAUUCCCGACUGGUGAAGUUAGCAGUUUCCACAGCGAUGUUGAAAAACUGACAAGAGUAGAACUUGAUACUUCAAACAGAGAAAAUGUGAUCACAGCCACAAACUUCUCCGCUACCUCUACAAUAUAUACUUUAAAACAAGAUAAUACGCAGAAUAUCUACCGGGUCAGCCCAGAUGGGUCUCUGAGAGUCACCUUUGCCAGCGGAAUGGAAAUCACUCUUAACACAGAGCCUCAUAUUCUAGCAGGAGUCGUCAGCCCCACUUUAGGGAAGUGCAAUAUCUCCCUUCCUGGAGAGCAUAACUCAAAUCUCAUUGAAUGGAGGCAAAGGAGGGAGCAGACCAAAGGCAAUAUCUCUACAUUUGAGAGAAGGUUAAGGGCCCACAAUAGAAAUCUGCUGUCCAUUGACUUUGAUCACGUAACCAGAACAGGAAAGAUUUAUGAUGAUCACCGAAAAUUCACUCUUCGGAUUAUGUAUGACCAGACAGGACGCCCAGUUUUGUGGUCACCCAUCAGCAAGUAUAAUGAGGUCAAUAUCACUUAUUCACAUUCUGGAUUAGUGACCUAUAUCCAAAGAGGAACCUGGACUGAGAAAAUGGAAUAUGAUCCAAGUGGGAACAUUAUUUCCAGAACAUGGGCAGAUGGUAAAAUAUGGAGUUACACAUAUUUAGAAAAGUCGGUGAUGCUCCUCUUGCACAGCCAGCGCCGCUACAUCUUUGAGUACGACCAGUCAGACUACCUGCUCUCGGUUACCAUGCCGAGCAUGGUGCGCCACGGCCUGCAGACCAUGCUCUCCGUCGGGUACUACCGAAACGUCUACACCCCGCCCGACAGUAACGCUGCGUUCAUACAAGAUUUCACCAGGGAUGGACGCCUUCUGCAAACAUUAUAUCCUGGAACAGGACGCAGAGUCCUUUACAAAUACACCAAACAGUCCCGACUGUCAGAGAUUCUUUAUGAUACUACCCAAGUCACCUUCACCUACGAGGAAUCUUCUGGGGUUAUUAAAACAAUACACUUAAUGCAUGAUGGGUUCAUCUGCACCAUCAGAUACAGGCAAACAGGUCCACUUAUUGGUCGCCAGAUCUUCAGGUUUAGUGAAGAAGGACUUGUAAAUGCCAGGUUUGACUACAGCUACAACAAUUUCCGUGUCACAAGCAUGCAGGCCAUGAUAAACGAGACACCUCUUCCCAUAGACCUAUACCGUUACGUUGAUGUCUCUGGCAGGACUGAACAGUUUGGGAAAUUCAGUGUAAUUAAUUAUGAUUUAAACCAAGUUAUAACCACCACUGUGAUGAAGCAUACCAAAAUUUUUAGCGCCAAUGGCCAGGUGAUCGAAGUACAAUAUGAGAUUCUUAAAUCUAUUGCUUACUGGAUGACCAUCCAGUAUGAUAAUAUGGGUCGUAUGGUGAUCUGCGAUAUACGCGUAGGUGUAGAUGCCAAUAUAACAAGAUACUUUUAUGAAUAUGAUGCUGAUGGUCAACUUCAGACUGUGUCUGUGAAUGAUAAAACCCAGUGGCGCUACAGCUAUGACCUUAAUGGCAACAUCAACUUGCUGAGUCAUGGAAAUAGUGCUCGCCUCACUCCUCUGCGAUAUGAUCUUAGGGAUCGCAUUACCAGACUUGGAGAAAUUCAGUAUAAAAUGGAUGAAGAUGGUUUUCUCAGACAAAGAGGCAAUGAAAUCUUUGAGUACAACUCCAAUGGUCUACUGAACAAAGCUUACAAUAAAGUGUCUGGCUGGACUGUGCAAUACUGUUACGAUGGUCUUGGAAGACGAGUUGCAAGCAAAUCAAGUCUAGGACAACACCUACAAUUCUUCUAUGCUGAUCUCUCCAACCCAAUAAGAGUUACUCACUUGUACAAUCAUACUAGCUCAGAAAUAACAUCUCUAUAUUAUGAUCUUCAAGGUCAUCUCAUUGCAAUGGAAUUAAGCAGUGGAGAAGAGUAUUAUGUUGCUUGCGAUAAUACUGGAACACCUCUAGCUGUAUUCAGCAGUCGGGGCCAAGUCAUAAAAGAAAUUUUGUACACUCCCUACGGAGAGAUCUACCAGGACACGAAUCCAGAUUUCCAGGUUAUCAUUGGUUUUCAUGGAGGACUCUAUGAUUCUCUUACUAAACUCGUGCAUCUGGGCCAGAGGGAUUACGAUAUUAUUGCUGGUCGGUGGACAACACCGAAUCAUCAUAUAUGGAAGCACCUGAAUGCUGUCCCACAACCGUUUAAUCUCUACUCAUUUGAAAAUAACUACCCCGUUGGCAGAAUCCAGGAUGUUGCUAAGUAUACAACAGACAUUGGAAGUUGGCUAGAGCUGUUUGGUUUCCAGUUACACAACGUACUACCUGGAUUCCCAAAACCAGAGAUAGAAGCUUUGGAGACAACAUACGAACUUUUACAGCUUCAAACAAAAACCCAAGAGUGGGAUCCCGGAAAGACUAUCCUUGGUAUUCAGUGUGAGCUACAAAAGCAACUCCGGAACUUCAUAUCUUUGGAUCAGCUUCCUAUGACACCCAGAUAUAGUGACGGCAAGUGCUACGAAGGAGUGAAGCAAGCCAGGUUUGCCGCUAUUCCCUCAGUUUUUGGAAAAGGCAUCAAAUUUGCUAUCAAGGAUGGUAUAGUGACAGCAGACAUUAUAGGCGUGGCUAACGAGGACAGCCGGCGCAUUGCUGCCAUCCUCAACAACGCUCACUAUCUGGAGAAUCUGCAUUUCACCAUAGACGGCCGCGACACCCAUUACUUCAUCAAGCUGGGGUCUUUAGAAGAAGAUUUGGCGCUCAUUGGCAACACCGGUGGACGACGCAUUUUGGAGAAUGGUGUCAAUGUCACUGUGUCUCAGAUGACUUCUGUGAUAAAUGGAAGGACUAGACGGUUUGCCGAUAUACAGCUCCAGCACGGUGCACUGUGCUUUAACGUUCGGUAUGGAACAACCAUAGAAGAAGAAAAGAACCAUGUCUUAGAAAUAGCCAGGCAGAGAGCAGUGGCUCAGGCCUGGACUAAGGAACAGAGACGGCUGCAGGAAGGGGAAGAAGGGAUUAGGGCAUGGACAGAUGGAGAGAAACAGCAGCUCUUAAGCACUGGGCGGGUGCAAGGCUACGAUGGAUAUUUUGUUUUAUCUGUGGAGCAGUAUCUAGAACUUUCUGACAGUGCCAAUAAUAUUCACUUUAUGAGACAGAGUGAAAUAGGCAGAAGGUAACAAAGAAAAUCUCUGCCUUUGCGUCACCAAAGACUGCCUGUUUUUAAACAUAAAAUGGUUUAUUGUAUUGGUUUUUCUAGAUCAGAACUCUGUAUAUAUAAAUAUAGAGGAAAAAACAUAUCCAACUGCCUUUAAAUGUGACAGAAGAUGGUAUUUUAAUAUUGUUCGUUUAACUCUUUGAGAGAUGACAGCGGAGAUUUUUAGUUCUCGUGUGGCAGUAUUCAGACGUUUCCGAGGCAGAGCACUAGCCGUCCGGCGGCGCAGCUCGAGCACGGGGGGCCGCUGCGGCCGACCCGCGCCGCCGCGCAGGGUGCCUGAGAACGCAGCGUGCUCUGCUGUCUUCUAAAGAAACACGUCCUUUUUGUUGUUGAUUUUAAUUCACCAGUUAUUUAAAAGGUUAUAGAGCCUGAUUCUGCAACCCGUAUUUCCUGGGUAGCUUUUAUUCCAGUGAGAUGUCCCAUGCAUUCAGGGGUGGCGUGCGGAAACCAGACCGGGUACGGAAGCUUCCUAGUUGCUCACCAACCCAGCCCAUGUCAUUUCUCACAGCUGUGAUGUCAGGGAUUUCCAAACCUGGAAAAUACAGCUUAUAUUGGAUACAACGGUGCGUAAAGGCUGUCCCCUAUGACAUUUACCUUUGCUCGGCCGUAGCCGCCUCUCAUUCACUCAGUGACGAAUGCCACGUUGUGUCUGGUUUUGCAUGGGGUGGCCUCUCACCCCGAGGUCUUCCGUGGGCCCUGGGUUAUGCUGGAGUCUGCUAACGCCAGUAUAGCUGCAGAGCGCCCUGGCCAGGGGGUGCGAUGCCGCAUGGCGCUGCUGAGGUCCAGCCGAGUGUCAGAGAUGGACAAAAACGUCCUUUGAUAGCACUGGAGUCAGCAGGAGUCUCUCCGGUCUCUCUGGAUUGGGCUUUAACUCGGUGCUUUUGGGACAACCUUUGUCGCCCAGCUGGGAGGGUUGGUGCGGUGCGAGUGGCGAUUAGAAAGCAAGCCCUGCAGGAGCAGGACACCCUGUAUCUGUUGGACCAGGACUCUUCACAAAUCAUUUGUAAAUCGCAGUGUUGGUUUUAGGCCUCAUGUUGUUUUCAUCUUGGUUUAAUAAUCCUGUUGUAAUACUCAUUUUUUUGAGUCUGAAGAAGAUUGGUGGGUUGGGAGUUGAUGAAUCUAAGUGUGGAUAGUAAAUAUGUUGAUAAAUGUAGAACCUUUUGGAGAUGACUUCACUUUUCAGCUCAAUAUCUAGAGCGCACAGAAAAACAUUAUAUUGCAUGGGCAGAAAUUUUUAUUUCCCAAGGUAUCAUGCGCUGCUGGCACAGUUAUUUCAUAGCAGAGUAGGCGAUCCUUUUUUUAGCUUGUCAUUUUUAAAAGACGUGAUUAUCUUGGGGGGGUGGAGGCACAUGGGGGGUGGGAUGGGUAAGCAGAUUUCCUUUCCUGACUUUCAGAGGGAGCUAGAAGUCUUGUUAUAGAGCCUGUGUAUCCGUAACAGUGAUGUUAUCGCACAUUUCUUUCAAAACAGACAUAGCAAAUAUAUUGAAACAAUUUCUGCUCAUAUUUACCGAAGGCAACAAAGUGCUUUCUUUGUCUUUCUUCAUUUGUUUCCACUUUUCUUUUUUCCCUAGUUUUUGGGCAAGUGGAGCAGACUGUACCGACGUUAGAGAUGAGCCUGAGCUGGGCUGUCAGAGCGGAUGCCCGCUCAUCGUUGCGGCCUCGGGUCUCGGCCUCGCGCCCCGAGUGCCUCUUGAGGGCCUCGCGGCUGCUCUGCAGGAUCGGGCUGAGCCAGAGCCUGGCCCCAAGGGCACCCUCUGCUCCCUGACCCGGCGGGGAAUUUGGGUUGAAAUCCGCAUGCACCCCUUUGGAUCAGGCUCAUCAUUAACUAGUGUACAGAAUUUAGAGCUGGCAACAUCCACAUUUGAUAGCUCUGAUUUCCGUAAUUUUCCAUAAAAUCAUGGAGAAGUUGAAUACCUCCACACCAGCCUAAAAAUGGACCUUCAAAGUCCUUGAGCCUCUAAUAUGCUUUUAAUCAAUGGAAGAAUGAUUUAUGAACUGUAUAUAGAGAGAGCAUUCAUAAACGUGAUGAUGUAUUUUAUCACUGAUCCAAGAUGUCAAUAUUAGAGUCUAUUUUACUUAUAUUUUAAGCAAUUACACUUUUUUGCAAUUCACUAAUGAAGUAUCAUUUUCAAACUGCUUUAAAUAUCCAUUAUAAACAAAUAUUUGAAGCUCUUAGAAUUACCUUGAACUGUGCAUUUCUAGUAUGUAAUACAUAUUUAGUUAGCUUGUGCCUUUAGUUUCUUAAAUUUAUAUUUGUAUUAUAUGCAGGAAAUGCACUUUGUAUUACCUACAGCUGUGUUUUUUAAUACUGCCUUGAUUAUUGUUGUUCUCAUAUUAUGCCAAAAGGUCAAAGAGUGAAAUGUAUUACAGGUUUGUCUCUGAAAGUAGAUUUGGCAUUUCCCAGUUCCUGGGGAGACAUUCUAAGGUACAUUUUUGAAUAAUAUUUCUUAGAAGAAUAUUGAUGUAAGAAGAAUCACAUGCCAUUACAUCGCCCUGUUACAAACAAAAAAAAAAAAUACCUUCCUUAUAACAGUUUCAGGAAUUUAGAAAACUAAAAAUAAAUGUCAUUUUGAGGUAACAGUGCUAAAGAAACAAAUAAUUAAUAGAAGAGCACUGGAGACUGGUGGUGCAUCUACACGUGGGCCAGCCAGUAGUGACUGAUGAGAACUAUGGCAAACAAAUAGCUUUGGACCAUCUUGUUCAUGAACAACCUCAGAUGGAGGCAGAGAAUAUUUGUCUCCAUUUUUUUUUUUUUAUUUUCUGGUAGUUAGGCCAGCUUUUGAGUGUUUUUGUAGUUUUCUUUCUUUUUUAAUUUUGCACUAUAGCCUAGAAACCCAAAUGAGAAAAAAAACAAAAAGACUACUAAUGGCACAGAAAAUUUUUUGUCAAUUAGAUGAGGUAAUUUGAUGCUAGCAUUCUGCACUGUGAACGAGGUUCUGAAAGUGGAAAAACACAAACUAAAUUUUAAAAAACACUAUUGCACACUAUCCUGUAGUGAAGUACCUACCAUGAGAAGAUACUUUAUAUUUUUUAUGACAGCCAAACAAAUAGUGCGUACAAGUAAUGUUUCCUUUGCUUUCAUAUUUAUUUAGCAAAUCUAGAACAUUUCAAAGGUAUAAAUAUAUAUAUAGAUAUAUAUGUAGAACAUAGCCAAAUAAAUAUAUAUGAACUGGUCAAUGUGCAACUCGGUAUACACAUCCUAGCUGUUUAGUUCGAGAUCUUCAGCGUCCUCUCAGUUGUACACUAGCUAGACGCGGCCUCCCUUUUUUUACCAUGCGUUCACGCGCUUUGGGAAGUUUCGUUUCAAGAGGCUCUGCGCAGAGGCCCGCGGCCGAGCCCUCGUCCCAGCCGCGCCGCGGGGAGGGGGCCGCCGUGUCGGGGUUACCGAGCGGUAGCCUCUCAAGGGGAUGAAGGUUGUGGAAGCCAAGGUGCAGCUGCUCAAGCGGAGCGGGGUGGACGGAGGAGCUCAGGUGUUCGCGUACGGGGCGGAGGGCUGGGCAGGUGCUGCCGCACGCCCGUCUGCGUCCGCAGACAGCCCCGAGGGCUUUUCCCCAGCAAAUGCUGACUGUUACUUAAACCUGUCCUUGAUACAAAACAUUUUCAGGUCAAAAGCAUCCUGACUGUAAGAAGAAUCACUUCUCCACAGAAACUGAUGCCGGUAGAGCUCGACUUCGUACUGUGGAUUUGUCUAGGCGUUCAUCAUCGGCCAUUAUUUGUCUAAGGAAACGUGUUUGACGAUUACCAGUCUUUCCUUAGAUCUUGUGGUGGACUUUAGCCUCUUAAUAAAUGUUAGUAUAUCAGAUUGUGUCCUUGACAGUAUUUUACUUGUAUGAACCAUGAUAAAACAUUAAAAUCCUCAUACUCUUCUGGCAAACGUGUCAGUAAAAGAGAAAGAGAAGCAUAGCAUACACUGUAUGUCAGAGCAAUGUUCCUUUUAGCUUUCUCAUGAAAAGUAAAAAUGUUUACAAUGUAUGCCAAGAUCUUCAGUUUCUGCCUAACAUCAGUUAGAGGUUCUGAUCUUACAGAAAUUGUGUUACAAUGGCCUAAGCCUUGUUGCUAGGAAACAAUAGGCUCCAAUUUUUUUAUUCCUGCUCUAACUCCUGUGCUGAAUAGUGACUGGAUACUGUACAGGUUUAUGUUAUAUGGCUGCAGUGAAAUGGUCUGAUGCAUUUUGCUCUGGGUUUCAGACCAGAAGCAUGCAUUUUCUACAAGAACAUCCCAGCAACACGCUGUAAAUAUUAAAAGUUAAUAUAUUAUGUGUCGAUAUUUGAAAAAGAAAGUACUUUGACUAUUUCAUUUUUAAAAAAUAAAGGUGCAAACUGA